UUUUACUUUUUUUAGUUUGCUUAAAUAUUUUAAUGUGACAACAUGAAUUGUAUAUUAAUUAGCUUGUACUUAAUUUUACUUACACUUUCGUUCGGUAUUGGACAUUAUUUGUCUAAAGAAACAAAUUGUUACAAAUCAGCUGUUUGCGAAUUAAAUUGUUGUGAAGGUUAUCGUGUAAUUGACAAUGAAUGUAUACCAAUUUGUGAAGGUGGUUGUCCGAAAUCACAAGUUUGUUUAAAACCAAAUGUUUGCGGAUGUGAAGAUAAUAGUUUAGAAACGGAUGAUAAAAGGUGUUCAAUAUGCGUAUCUACCUUUAGUGAUCAAACUCUUGAAUCAAGUUGCUUCCAAUGUAGACCAAAGUAUGCUUUUAUCGAUGAUGCAUGCGACCAUUUGUGUCAUGAAAACUGUACAAACAGCGAUUGUUAUUUAGAUUACACUCGCAAAUGUAAUCCAGGUUUUCAAGAGAAUCCCAAAACUGGGGGUUGUGAACCAAUUCCACUAUCUUUUGGACCUGUUGAUUGUGCCGAAGGAAGUAAUUGUCAGAAUUUGUUAACAACAUCAACGAAUAGUUCAUCAACAACAACAACGACAAUAACAACACCACAAACAACAACAACAACAACAACGACAACAACACCACAAACAACAACAACGACAACAACACCAAAAACAACAACGACAACAACACCACAAACAACAACAACAACAGAAUCCACCAUGAACUGUCAAAAUGAAUGUUUUGACGGAACUUGUAUAAAUGGCUUCUGUCAAAAACAUUCAUCUACAAUUUCAUCUGAUGAAACAAAUUUCACCUUCUCCACAUCAAUGGAUUUCACAUACAAUUGCACUGAUGGCAUCUGUCAAACUGAAGAAGAAGAAAAUUCCACUAUUUCCAUUCCAACAGUAGAUGUCACUUCGAACUGUCAAAAUGGAUGUUGGGGUGGCAUUUGUUAUGAUGGCAUUUGUCAAUGUAAAGAAGGAUUGAUUUUGGAUGAAGUGAAAAAUGACUGCAUAAUGCCGUGUGAAAACAACUGUCAAAAUGGCAUUUGCAAUCAAGAUCACAUAUGCGAAUGCAAUCAGGGCUAUGUUCAUCAAAAUGACACGGGCUGUGUUCCACAAUGUGAUCGAGAGUGUGUUAAUAGUGUAUGUGUAGCUCCGACACAUUGUGAAUGUCUCGAAGGUGACAUAUCGAGUUUAAAUAUUUCAUCAGCACUUGAAUGUUUGCCCACAUGUCAUGGGAUUGAUGGGAAACAGAGUUGUCAAAAUGGUACUUGUGUAGCAGUUAAUAAAUGUCAAUGUUUGGAUGGAUUCGUACCAAAGCCGGGUAAUGAUCGAUUUGAAUGUAUUCCUGUGUUUGUUGGCAGUCGUGAUAGUUUCAGAAAGAAGUUGUUAUAUUCUAUGUGGAUUAUUGUCAUAUUGGCAUUGUUAGUUAUAAUUCUUUUGGCAUUUUUGGCACAAAAGAGAUAUAGACGAAUCAUUUAUAAUGUUGGCAAAGUUGAAAUAUACCAAACUACAGUCGAGUUCCGGGUCAAUGAUGAGCUAGAAGGAUGUCGCUUUAGUAAAAACUAUGAGAAGUAGACUUAAAUCGAUUAUAAAACUAAGAAAGUACUUAAUGACAAAAAGUCAUAUUUAUUUCCAAUAUGAAAUAACCUCAAUAAAUUUGUUUGUAAAGUGUACCUAAUUAUUUUAAAGAUAAAGCGUCUAUAGUGUAAAUUGAUACUGAGUAACAUGUUCAACCGAUUUUUAAGAAUUUGAGUUUGUUUGUUCCCUUAUAACUUCUAAAGUACUUAUCAUAAUUUCACAAAUAAGGUAUCAUUAGAAUCACCUAGCUUGUCUUAUGGGUAUUGGCUAUAAAGAGUAUCUAAUAAAUUGACACUAUUUAGAGUUAAAAUAUCAAAUUAUAAACAUAAAAUAAUUUAAAUACAAAUAUGUACUAGAUUCAAAAGCUUAGACUUGUGUAUUUUACAAAUUUUGCCACUAGAGGGCGUGAUAUAAAAAAUGCACAUAUUCUAUAACCAGGAGACACGCAAGACGCUUUUAACGAUAUCUCAUUUGACACGUUAUGAUAAGUAGUUUAGAAGUUAUGUGGGAACAAAUAUGCUCAAAUUUUCAAAAACCUCUUAAAUACAUACCUACAAACCUUCUUUUUGAGGUAAUCCGAUUACGCAAAACAUAAUACCUGAAAAUCAAUCGAAACUCUAUAGUGUAGGGAAUAACAUUCCAUUUUUAAGGCUUUGAACGAA